GAGGUUUGCAUUUUCAUUUGAAUAUAAGUGGACAACCAGGAAUGAUUCUUUCUACCUAUCACACCAUCCAGUCUGUUUUCUGUUGCUGUUGCUGCUGCUGCACUGUGCAAAAAAGAGCAAUGAGAACAAAAAUGAACCUGGACCCUGAUACUGGCCUGGUGACCCAGUACUCAGCCUCACAACCAGAUGUCUCCUAUGUAUCUACUUGGAAGUGCAGACGUAAGAAGCAAUUGCAGUUCAAGGAUAAGCCGUUACCUCCUCUACCUGCCGAGGCCUUGGAAGACUACACAAAAAAACCCAGGGUUAUUGCACUCUAUGACUUUUUUCCUAGAGGACCCUCAGAUUUACCUCUUAAGAAGUCAGAAGAAUAUAUUAUCCUCGAACAGUUUGAUCCCCACUGGUGGAAGGCAAGAGACCAACAUGGGAAUGAAGGUCUAAUUCCCAGCAACUAUGUUACAGAGAAUAAGAAAAGUAAUCUAGAAACACAUGAGUGGUACUGCAAAAACAUAAACAGAAGUCAGGCAGAACUUCUCUUGCACCAGAAGUCCAAAGAAGGCGCAUUUAUUGUCAGACAUUCAAGCCAACAGGGACUUCUUACGCUGUCUGUGUAUUCACGAGCCAAAGGAAGUCAUAAUGGAGAUAUUCGACAUUAUCAAAUUAAGAAGAACCACUUGGGGCAAUAUUAUGUAGCAGAAAAAUAUCUUUUUUCAUCCAUUCCUGAACUCAUUGAGUAUCAUCAACACAAUGCAGCAGGUCUUAUUACCCGUCUCCGACAUCCAAUUGGAUCAGCUGGAUAUUCUUCACCAGCAACAGUAGGACUGACUUAUGAGGAGUGGGAAUUAAACCCAUCUGAACUGAUGUUCAUGAAAGAACUCGGGCGUGGGCAGUUUGGAGUUGUUCAGUUGGGUAAAUGGAAAGCAACCAUCAAGGUUGCCAUCAAAACAAUUAAUGAAGGGGCAAUGUCUGAAGAUGACUUCAUUGAGGAGGCCAAAGUGAUGAUGAAACUCUCCCACCCAAAGCUGGUCCAGCUUUAUGGAGUGUGCACGCACCACAAGCCUCUCUAUGUUGUGACUGAAUUCAUGGAAAAUGGCUGCCUGCUCAAUUACCUUCGGCAAAGGAGAGGGAGGCUCGGUAGAGACAUGCUGCUGAGCAUGUGCCAGGAUGUGUGCGAAGGGAUGGAAUACCUCGAAAGAAACAGCUUCAUUCACCGUGAUUUAGCUGCAAGAAACUGUUUAGUCAACGCGGAGCACAUCGUUAAAAUAUCCGACUUUGGCAUGGCGAGGUAUGUCAUCGAUGAUGAAUAUAUCAGCUCUUCAGGUGCCAAGUUUCCAGUCAAAUGGUCAUCUCCUGAAGUCUUUCAUUUCAAAAAAUAUAGCAGCAAGUCAGAUGUAUGGUCCUUUGGUGUACUGAUGUGGGAAGUUUUCACAGAAGGCAAAAUGCCUUUUGAAAGUAAGUCAAAUUCUGAAGUUGUCCGUGAGAUUUCUCAGGGUAACAGACUUUAUCGACCAUAUUUGGCAUCGCAUGCUGUCUACAAAGUCAUGUACAGCUGUUGGCAUGAGAAACCUGAAGGACGUCCUACUUUUGCAGAGUUAACACAGACCCUCACAGAUAUAACAGAGAUGGGAUAAUCAGAGAUUUUACACCAAUAUAUUUACUGGAAGGUUAGCACUAGACAUAUCAACAAUGUAGCUGGCACAGAAAACCUCAGCCUUUUACUGCAGUCGCUACUUCAGUCACUGUACCAGCAUCCCACAUAUUGAAGCAGCUGUUUGGGCUUGGCCUAACUUUUACUCAAAUGAGAAAAAUGUCUCAUGAGACUGGUUUGGGACUCUCAAGGCUUUGUUUUGAUGAUUAGGGAGAAAUAUAGUCUGUUUAGAAAGACGUAAUGAAGAUUACUCACCUUACAGGCCUUUUUAUUUACUCUUUUAGUCAGAGCCACACUAAUUUCUCUAUUGAGAAAUUCUAUAGAGUACUUAAUAUCAGGCACCAGGGAAUACUGAUUGGCAGGAGAAAAAUCGAUGAAAGAACUUCUCAUAAAGCUCUAGCUAGGUCAUGUUUAGAGACAAAGCAUCCAGCACUGAAGAAAUGGAGUGGUGUUUCAGAAGACGCAGCAAACUACCAACUGCUGGGGCAGCACCCAUGUGAGUGGCCAUGCCCACUGCUGUGGAUUACAGAGAACAGGGAGCAGAGGGAGCAGUCCUCAUUUAGCACCUCUAAAGUCACAUCUGAGCAGCUGGAAAGACUAAGCAUCCUUGAAGCACUUUAAACCACCGCUGCAGGUCAAGGCACCUUCUCUACUAACUCUGUGUAAGAGAAGGAGAGUAAGGAUUAUUUCAUCCAACCUUCUCCCACAAUUUUCUAGGACUGUCUCCCAUUCCUCCCCUGCUGCUGCAUACUCAAAUGCCCAGGCUUGCCUUCGUCCUUCCCUUGCAAAUGCCCGGAAUGAUCAAUGGGCAAGGUAAAGCUGGAACCUGGCAGUAAAAUCAGUGCUUUGGAUCCCGUCAUAUCUGAACAUGGACAAUGUCUGUAACCCUACUUCAUAUGUUACUAUUCACUUUCAAUUUGAAAUCUUAACUGUGGUUGGUAUAAAUAUAUUGUAGAGAGGAAAAGGCAGAUCAAGUUCAAAAUUGUCUAAUAUAAAACUGCCCAUUAGAAAUAAAUAGGCCCUUUAAAAUA